CUCCCUCCCACCGGCCGUUUCCACGAAGGACUGAGCCAUAGACCGGGCCUGGGCAGCUGGGUGACCGGACGGGUUUCCGAUUCUCCGACCGGGAGCUCCCUAGGAAGUCUCGCUGGACGAGGGCUGAAGUUGAGAUGCAGCUGACAAGACACAAGAGAUCUUAUGAUGCCUAAAAGGAAAAAAAGAGAAUUUGAAAAGCAUUAGAUUGAGAAAUCAUUUAUUUUUCAGAUUCAAUGGCAGAUGCAAGUGGUUAUUCCAGUUCUUGACAUACAUAUGUCUGGGAUCAUGAAUUUGCUCAAAUUUACUCUGCAAACUUUAUUCAAAAAAUAAUAUUUGCUCUUAAGCUUUGAUUGUACUCACUGGUUGCAAUAAUGGCCAGCAAAAGGAAAUCCACAACUCCUUGCAUGAUACCAGCAAAAAUGCUGACACCACAGAAAUCCACUUUUGUUGGAGUAAAUCAUGAAGGAACUCGUCAAACAUUAGUUCCCAGUAUUCUGCCUAAUUGUGAUACCACUGGUGAUAAUCAUGGUAGUGGGACCUUGUCCAAUGGACACAAUGGAAUUAUAGACAGCACUUCUUAUAGAUGUACAGGUUGCAGUUUUACUACUCAAGAAAUGAAUCAAUUCCUUAAUCACCUUGAUUCGGAGCACAUAGACUUUACUAAAGACCCCUCCUUUUUGUGUGUGAAGUGUAAUUCCUUGGUAAAGAGCCAUGAUGAUCUUUCUCAUCACAAUGCAGAGCACCAUGUUGGAGAAACAAAUUUAAUCUGGAAUGUAGUGAAACAAGCUAACCACAUGAUUGUGGAACAGACUACUGGAAAUAGCAGUGGUGGUCAGGACCACUUGGGGGCUAUUCCUGAGGAGAGUCAGGAGAGUCAAGCUGAAAUUAUUAUUACCAAAAUGCCCAUUAUGAAGAUAAUGAAAACAAAACCAGAAGUUAAAAAAAUCCACACACUGAAAGAAAAGAUAUCUAAUAAAUCGGUCAAGGAUGUAGAAACAAAAGGUGAACUGUCAUUUACCAAUGGAUCACUGCCGGUUAGCCAGUCUGGCAAAUCCACCUCCAUUGUCAAUGGAUCAAUAGUUGGAAAUGUACCUAUUUUACAAGCAGGCAUAACACAACUUGUGCAACUGCAACAGCAAGCACAAAUUCACCAGCACCUGCCAACAUCAAAAUCCCUCCCUAAGGUAAUGAUUCCUUUGAGUAGUAUUCCAACUUACAAUGCAGCAAUGGAUUCUAACAGUUUUCUUAAAAACUCUUUUCAUAAGUUUCCCUAUCCUACCAAAGCUGAACUUUGCUAUUUGACUGUGGUGACCAAGUAUCCAGAAGAGCAGCUGAAAAUUUGGUUUACAGCCCAGCGGUUGAAACAGGGUAUUAGCUGGUCACCUGAGGAGAUAGAAGAUGCACGGAAAAAAAUGUUUAACACUGUGAUUCAGUCUGUUCCCCAAUCCACUAUUACAGUGUUAAAUACACCUUUAGUUGCAAGUCCUAGUAGUGUUCAGCAUCUCAUUCAGGCCAAUUUGCCUGGUCAAUCAGUUGGAAAGCCUGAAGGACCAAGUGGCAUGCUGGUCACCCAACCAAUAAUAACAAAUGGACUUCAGGGAGCAACUUCAUCUCAAGCAAUAGGUUUAACCUCCAUUCCAAAGACCCAGAUAGCUAAGCCUCCAACCACUGUGUCUAUUUCCAGUAUUGCAUCAACUGUGAAUGUAGUUAGUACUGCUCAGUCACAACUUUCUGCUUGCCCAAAUGUCUCUUCACAGGCAUUCUUGGAUCCUAAUUUAUUAAAAAAUAAGAAAUCUUAUGAACAGUUGUCUGCACUGAAAGAUAGUUUCUGUAGGAAUCAAUUCCCUGGCCAAAAUGAAGUUGAGCGCCUGACAAAAAUCACAGGACUUAGCAUCAGGGAAGUUCGAAAGUGGUUUAGUGAUAGGAGGUAUCACUGGAAAAAUAUCAGAGGCAACAAAUCUGUGCUUGGUGGGGAUAGCACAAUAAUAAUAGACUCUGUACCUGAAAUCACUUUUACCACUUCACCAAAAACAACCACAGAGUUAACUUCCGCAUCAGCAGCAACACCUGUUCACACACCAGCACGUCGGCAAUCCUGGCAUCAGACCCCUGAUUUCUCCACUGCAAAAUAUAAGGAGAGGGCUCCAGCACAACUCAGAGCUUUGGAAAGCAGCUUUGCACAAAAUCCCUUCCCUCUAGAGGAGGAGGUAGACCGUCUGAGAAGCGAAACUAAAAUGACAAGGAGAGAGAUUGACAGCUGGUUCUCAGAGCAAAGGAAAAGACAAGCGGACAAAGAAAGGAAACAGCCAGCAGAUGAGGACGCUGAGGAUGAGUCCAUCGAAGAGGAGGAGGAUUUGGAUGACUUCAGAGCGUCAAUUGAAAAUGGUUCCUUGGAUGAAGCUGGAAGUUCUCAACUUCCAGGUGAACGUAAAGUGACCCCAAUAAAAAUCAACCUUAGAAACUUCAAGGUGACAGAAUCAGAGGGAAAAAGUGAGUUGGCAGCUUUGGGUGCCCAAGCAACAAAAGAUAAUUCUUCUAGCAGGGCACAGAAACCCAGGCUGUGCUUUAAAAAGACUGCUCAGCAGAGACAUUUGCUUAAACAGCUGUUUGUAAAGACACAGCGUCCUACUAAUGAACAGUAUGAUCAAAUAUGUGGUCAGACUGGACUUCCCAGGGUUGAAGUAAUUCGCUGGUUUGGAGAUAGCCGCUAUGGUUUAAAAAAUGGAAAUCUGAGGUGGUAUGAAAACUACAAAAAGGGCAUUUUCCCCAAAGGGCUAUCGGUUUCCGGUGAAGUCAGCCAAGAGGUCCUCCAAGACUAUUUUCAAAAGAACAAGGUUCUGUAUGAAGAUGAUCUCCAAGAUCUCUCUGAAAGAACUCAGAUGACCGCCUCGCAGGUUAAAUUGUGGUUUGCUGAAAGGCUAGGGGAAGAAAGCAAAGCAGUAUCUGAUGCAAGUAGUGAUAGUCAGCCCCCAAGUGUUGGUGAUCCAGCCAAUAGUCAAAAAGGAACUUUUGAUACUUUUUCUGAAGUUUCUGAGAACAGUGAAUCUUGGGAACCUGGAGGUCAAGAUGGAAGCUCAGAAUUUGGAGAUACAGAUAGUCAUCCGCCUGCAAUACAUUCUGAAAUGGAUUGAACCACCACUGCCUUUGCUCGAACAGUCGGUCAAUUUUGUUAGAACCAAGCAGCUGCGGGUCAUUCUGAAUCUUUGUUGAAGAUUGUAAUGCCAAGUUCUUCUUCCCGUGAAGCACAAUUUGAAUUUGGAGAUCGCAUGGAAGACAUCAAUAAAGAAAACUGUAAGGUUCGGGUUGGGGGAAGACUAGUAUUCUGUUUUUAUGAUUUAGGAGAGUGUGCACCAGAUAUUCUUCCUCAGGCUCCAAUUAGUGGACACUGUCUUUCGAACUUCAUAUUCAGAUGGAACCAGCUUAUUAAAGCCAGCAACCAGUCUCUCUCUGCAUUGGAUCAUGCAUCUGAAACAAUGUGUUAAAUAUUCUUUUUUUUUUCAUAGAAAUGAGCUAUCAUUUGUACAACAUAUUCUAAAUACUUUCAUUGUUUGUCCUCUGAAUGCUCCAUCUUUGCAUUGAUUGUAUUCUCUUUACAUUUUAAUCUCUAGAUUUUGAAAGUACAGUAAAAACCUUAAAGAGAUAAACAGAUAAUCAGAGUUGGAAGAGACCUUGUAGGUCAUCUAGUCCAAUCCCCUACCCAAGCAGGAGACCCUACACCAUUUCUGACAGGUGGGAGUCCGAUCUCUUCUUGAAAGUCUCAAAGGAUGGCAAGUGAUCUAACAAGCCUUUUGAGCAGAAAUAGUGGCUGUUGAUAUCUGAAUUGAUAUAAUUUGUGGUGGCUGUUGGUACCUAAUUUAUCAUUUAGGUAAUCUGCAGUAUUGGAAAUGAUGUAAAUGCAAUCAUUUGCAGCAAAAUCGCCAUUCUCAAGUAUUGAAACCACUUUCCAUUGUAUCUAAAACCUGUCAAACUGAGGAUUUGCUGUACAGGUUGCAAUCAAUGCUCACUUCCCCAAGAGUAAACACCCCCAAAUCAAUGCAGCUUUCUUACAUACAAUGGAGUUAUAUAUG